GGGAGAGCGAGGAAUGGACAAGUCCAUCGCACAGACAGAGCUAGAAGGCUUCUACUGGCAAGGAGGCGACACCAUGAAGAUCUCGAGGACGCUUCAUACUCAGAACCGAAGGAAAGUGCUGGAGCACAUGAAGAAGCAAGGAGCAAAUGAAGGAAUCAUUGUUUUGGAGGGAGGAAGAGAUAUCAAUCGAGCUGAUACAGACCACACUUUACUCUUCAGGCAAGAAAGCAACUUCCAUUAUCUCUUUGGCGUUGGGUUCCCAGAUUGCUUCGGAACAAUCGACAUAUCUUCUGGCAGGAGCAGUUUAUUUGUUCCACGACAACCUGAAUCUUACUCUGUUUGGAUGGGAUCACCACCUUCACUCGAGGACCUGAAAAGUAUCUACUGUGUAGACGAGGUGUUGUAUACCUCCGAACUUCCCGACCACGUCUCGUCUGCAAGACCAUCGACGAUCUAUACGUACGGGGGGCAGAACUCUGAUUCAGGAAAUGAAGGGAAGCCUGCAAACUUUGAGGGGAUAGACAGGUUCCCGAAGGAUGACAAGAAGUUACAUCACGCUCUGUAUGAAUCUCGUGUGUUCAAGACUGAGACUGAAAUAGAAGUCAUCAAAUAUGCUAAUAAGAUUUCGAGUCUGGCGCACAUUGAAGUCAUGAAGCACUGCAAGCCUGGAAUGUACGAAUAUCAGCUGGAAUCGAUAUUUCAACAUCAUUGCUAUUUCCAUGGAGGAAUGAGGAACCUUGCCUACACUGGAAUCUGCGCCUCGGGGAAAAAUGCUGCCAUCCUUCACUAUGGUCAUGCAGGAGCUCCGAAUAAUAGGCGAUUGGAAGAGGGAGACGUUGUUUUGAAUGAUCUUGGAGCAGAAUACUACUGCUAUGCUUCCGAUAUCACAUGCUCGUUCCCGGUGUCUGGAAAGUUCACCAAAGAACAGCAAAAGAUUUAUGAAGCCGUGCUUGAUGCUAAGGAUUCUGUUGUCGCACGAGCUAAGCCAGGCGUGUCAUGGGUGGAAAUGCACGAGCUGACAGAGCGCAUCAUUGCGAAGCAUCUUUUAGAGAUUGGAGUCCUAAAGGGAGACUUGGAGGAUAUUGUCAAGGCGGAGAUCCCAGCUGUGUUCAUGCCUCACGGUCUCGGACACAACCUCGGUCUGGAAACGCAUGACGUCGGCGGGUAUCCUCCAGGUUCUCUUCGAGCAUCGCGCCCUGGACUGCGAUCGCUGCGCAACGUCCGGCGGUUACAGCCUGGCAUGGUGUUGACAGUGGAGCCUGGCUGUUACUUCAUCCGGUCGGAACUUGAGAAGGCUUUGAACGAUCCCAUCAAGUCUCGCCAUAUCGUCUCGGACGAGGUAGAGAAGUACAUGGACUUUGGGGGUAUUCGUCUCGAAGACAACAUCGUCAUAACACAGGACGGUGUCGACAAUCUGACCAACGUCCCCCGUCGGAUCACGGAGUUACAGGACGUUGUUGGAAGUGCUUAUCGAUGA